AUGCCAGGGGGUUGCAGCGGACUGGGGGGUCUAGGUUACCUCAAGGAAUGGAUGUGGUGGGCUGGACUUAUUACUAUGGGAGCAGGAGAAGCAGCCAACUUUGCUGCCUAUGCCUUUGCACCUGCUACACUGGUCACUCCCUUAGGUGCACUGAGCGUUCUCGUAAGUGCAGUGCUUUCCUCCUACUGCUUGGAUGAGCAGCUCAGUAUUCAUGGUAAAUUGGGCUGCAUGCUGAGUCUUCUGGGAUCAACAGUAAUGGUAAUCCACGCUCCACAAGAAGAAGAUAUAAAAACCUUACAUGACAUGGAAAUCAAGCUGAAAGACACAGGUUUUAUAGUUUUCGCCACCAUUGUAAUCACAGUCUCAUUGGUAUUGAUGUGUGUCAUUGCUCCAAAAAAGGGACAAAGCAACCUCUUGAUUUACAUCUCCAUCUGCUCUCUGAUUGGAGCCUUUUCUGUAUCUUCUGUGAAGGGCCUUGGUCUCGCUGUCAAAGAGCUACUUGAAGAAAAGCCAGUAUACAAAGACCCAUUGGCCUAUAUUCUUCUAGCGACAUUGGUGAUUUCAGUUAGCACCCAGAUCAACUAUCUCAACAAAGCGCUGGAUACCUUCAACACGUCAGUAGUGACGCCAGUGUAUUAUGGGUUUUUUACCACAGUAGUGAUAACUUGUUCUGUAAUUCUUUUCAAAGAAUGGAACAGCAUGAGUGUGGCAGACAUCGUUGGCAACCUCAGUGGAUUCUGCAUCAUAAUCAUUGGCAUAUUUCUCUUGCAAGCCUGUAAAGACUUUAACUUUACCUGGGAGUUGCUACCAACUUCAACUAACAAGGUCAGCUAUCAUGUAACAACGAGAGGACCUGAUGACCAACAACACAAUCUAUUGGAAAACAUGGAUAACCAAUGCAUUGUGCAUGAGAAUGAAAAUAUAUAUUGUUGUAAAACAGAACAGCUGGAAGAUAGCCACUAAAAGGUCCCUUUAUAAAAUGACUGUUUAUGUGAUUGAUAUGGCACCAGAUACAUUUUUGCUUGCACAUUACAUUGAGUACCUGUUUUAUAAAUAUUUUGC